CCUCGAGGGGCGGACGCAGGGUAAAGCGUCUGGAGCGGACCCUGGGAGAGCCAGAAGCACAUCCGGUGUUAGAAGAGCCGUGUAGGCUCCUGAGACGCUGGUAGGAAGAGCGGAGGCUGUGUCCCACAGAGUCUGGCAUCAUGAACAUAUUUGAUCGGAAGAUCAACUUUGAUGCGCUUUUAAAAUUUUCCCAUAUAACCCCCUCGACGCAGCAGCAUCUGAAAAAGGUCUAUGCCAGUUUUGCCCUGUGUAUGUUCGUGGCAGCUGCGGGGGCCUAUGUCCAUGUGGUCACUCAUUUCAUUCAGGCUGGCCUGCUUUCUGCCUUGGGCUCCCUGGGGUUGAUGAUUUGGCUGAUGGCAACACCUCAUAGCCAUGAAAGUGAGCAAAAAAGACUUGGACUUCUUGCUGGAUUUGCUUUCCUUACAGGAGUUGGCCUUGGUCCUGCCCUGGAGUUGUGCAUUGCCAUCAACCCCAGUAUCCUUCCCACUGCCUUUAUGGGCACAGCAAUGAUCUUCACCUGCUUUACCCUGAGUGCACUCUAUGCCAGGCGCCGUAGCUACCUCUUUCUGGGAGGUAUCUUGAUGUCAGCCAUGAGCCUGAUGCUCUUGUCCUCCCUGGGGAACCUUUUCUUCGGAUCUAUUUGGCUUUUCCAGGCAAACCUGUAUGUGGGGCUGGUGGUCAUGUGUGGCUUUGUCCUCUUUGAUACUCAACUCAUUAUUGAAAAAGCUGAAAAUGGAGAUAAGGAUUAUAUCUGGCACUGCGUGGACCUCUUCUUAGAUUUUGUUACUCUCUUCAGAAAACUCAUGAUGAUCCUGGCUAUGAAUGAGAAGGAUAAGAAGAAAGAGAAGAAGUGAAAUGACCAUCCAGCCUUUCCCAUUUGACUUCUCUCCCAUCACCCCUCAUUUUCCUCUUUGCACACAUUACAGGUGGCGUGUGAUAAUGAAAAGCAUCAGAAAAGCUUUUGUACUUUGUGGUUUUCUCUAUUUUGGAUUUUUUGAUCAAAAAACUGAUUAGCAGAAUAUAGUUUGGAGUUUGGCUUCGUAUUCCUGGGGUUCUUCCCCACUCCCUUUUCUGUCAACCCCAUCCCUACCCUCUUCCUCUGCUCAGGCAGCCAGUCCACCGUGAUAAGGAAUGGGACCCACAGAGGGAGCAAACUCCAGGAGUCCACUUUCCAACUGAGCUUCACUACCUGGACCGGAACUGUUGGGUAGAGCCUCCUCAGCUCUUCCUGCCUCAGCAUUGUUUGAUUUGUGCACAGUUCUGGGGCACUGGGCAGUGUGUUUUCCAUUGUAAAGAAGUUUGCUGGUCCCAUUGUUACUCGGGUUCAUUAUAUCUAAGCCUCUGUCAACCCCUGCAAGGAAAAUGAAGAGCCUCUUCUGGUGGAUGCUUUGCUUCUCUGAGCUGCCCAAGUCCUGCUGGUCUGGCAAGCACACUUUUCUGCCUUGCCAUUACAGAAGGAAUGUGGAUUUGUGUCUAUUCCCUUGCCUGUCCCUUGUCUGACCCUCAGGGAGUCUGCCUGCUUUCCAUCCAUGGGGUAGAAGGAUUUCAGCACAAAGGGAAGACUAAUUCUUGUCACGCAUUUAUGAAAAGGCUGAUUAUGUAUGGCAAGCUAGAGCAUGGAUUUCACACACCUCCCCUGGUCGGUCUGUCUGUAUUUUUAUUGGUUAUCACCUUAGUUGUGAGUGGCCUCUAUCAGGCAGCUAUGAUUUCCCAGGAGAGGAAAGAUAGGGAAGGGGAAUGGUUGAGCCUUUGGGGAUCAUUGUGACUGCCAGACAAACCUAGAUAAGGACCUGUUUGGAAUGGGGGGAACAAAAUCUCCGCUGAAUGGAUCUUUGUUCGGAUCAACAGAACUGUGAUGUGGGCUGUGAUGACUUGGGAGGCAGCAUUCAUAACAGUCCUUCGGUGCAUUUUUAUCUUACCCCACUUGGACACAAAUAGGUAGUGUCGGGCCAGAGAUUUGGGGCAGUAGGUAAAUGUUCAUUUUACAGAUGCACUUUAGUUUUUGGUCUAUUCACCUGUUUCCAGAAAUCUGCAGCCUCCUUCCAGGUGGGGGCCAGGUGACCAAACCUGUAAGACGUCUGGUUUCCUACAGCUUUGUGGUCGCACGUGUGGGAGGUCAGGGCUGAUGUGGAUCAGCAGCUCCUUUCCUGUGGGCUGCCACAGUCAGCUGGCACAGAAGGGCGGGCAGCCUUGGGAGCCCUCACAGGGCUUCAGUGUAAGGGGGACUGAGCCAUCGAAAGCUCAUUGCCAGAAGGAUACCAUUUUUGGCUCUCCCUCUUCACUACCAGUACACAGUUUGACCCAGUGGCCACUGGUUCACAGUACGCCACGUCACUGCCAUCCCAUGAAACAGUUUGUUCCCAGGCCGUGCAGAAUCCUGGAGUGGCAUGCUGACCAGAAUGGCUUGCUUCUGCAGAGGAUGCUGCCCCCUGACUUAGCUGCUGCCUCCAGCUUCUUGCUUAAGAACUUACUAAAGGGACUUCCUUCCCAUUAAAACCCCAAUAGCAACUCUCCCUAAAUUUGUUGAUUCUCUGCUAGGCCUAAGAAUCUGAAUUAACAUCUCUUGAAGCCAAACUCCGCCUCUUGUGCUUUUUUUGCUUUCGAUAAAGGAGUUUUUCUUUAGAAACAGUGCCAAGAAUGACAAGAUAUAAAAAACUAAUUUUAAAUAAAAUGUCUAACAGGUUUUUAAUACAGUAAUCACUGUAAUUAUCACUUUCUUUUCUAGUUCCUUGGUUUUCAGCUCAGGCUGCAUUCUCUAACUCAUACUGUGAAGAAAGAGGUGUUUUUGAUUCAGAAAUAUAUGAAAUCUACAUAGUCUUAAUUUGUAAAAAAUAAAGAAAAUUCCUUAACCUUU